AUGUAUGAUACCGAAGAUGAUCAAUAUGAGGAAAUUGAUGUGGAAGAAAUAUCAUCAGAACUAUGGCAAGAAGCUUGUUGGAUUGUAAUCAACGCUUAUUUCGACGAAAAAGGUCUAGUUCGUCAGCAGCUAGACAGUUUUGAUGAAUUUAUUCAAAUGUCUGUGCAGCGUAUAGUAGAAGAUUCUCCACCAAUAGAGUUACAAGCUGAAGCUCAACAUUCAUCAGGUGAAAUAGAAACCCCUCCACGAUAUCUUCUAAAAUUUGACCAAAUUUACCUUUCGAAACCUACUCACUGGGAGAAAGACGGUGCGCCAUCACCUAUGAUGCCAAAUGAAGCGCGUCUUCGUAAUUUGACUUACUCUGCACCUCUUUAUGUAGACAUAACAAAAACCAUUGUAAAGGAACAUGAAGAUCCUGUUGAAACACAACAUCAAAAAACUUUUAUUGGUAAAAUCCCUAUCAUGUUGAGGUCUACUUAUUGUCUACUAAAUAAUUUGACUGACAGAGAUCUCUCUGAACUGAAUGAGUGUCCCCUUGACCCUGGUGGUUAUUUUAUUAUUAAUGGAUCUGAAAAAGUAUUAAUUGCCCAAGAAAAGAUGGCCACAAAUACUGUCUAUGUCUUCAGUAUGAAAGAUGGAAAGUUUGCUUAUAAAACAGAGAUUCGUUCUUGUCUUGAGCAUAGCUCUAGGCCCACUUCAACUCUUUGGGUGAACAUGAUGGCUCGUGGAGGACAAAAUAUAAAAAAAUCUGCUAUUGGACAAAGAAUAAUUGCAAUUGUUCCAUAUAUUAAGCAAGAAAUUCCAAUUAUGAUCGUAUUUAGGGCUCUGGGAUUUGUGGCAGACAGAGAUAUUUUGGAACACAUUAUAUAUGAUUUUGAUGAUCCUGAAAUGAUGGAAAUGGUGAAACCUUCUCUUGACGAAGCAUUUGUGAUUCAAGAACAGAAUGUGGCACUUAACUUUAUUGGUGCUCGUGGUGCGCGGCCUGGGGUAACAAAAGAGAAGCGUAUUAAAUAUGCUAGGGAAAUCUUGCAAAAAGAAAUGUUACCACAUGUUGGAGUUUCAGAUUUUUGUGAAACUAAGAAAGCAUAUUUUUUGGGUUACAUGGUUCACAGGUUGUUAUUGGCUGCUUUGGGUCGUCGUGAGCUUGAUGACAGGGAUCACUAUGGAAAUAAACGUUUAGAUCUGGCUGGUCCAUUACUAGCAUUUUUAUUUAGAGGUUUAUUCAAAAACCUGCUAAAAGAAGUCAGAAUGUAUGCUCAGAAAUUUAUUGACAGGGGAAAGGACUUUAAUUUAGAAUUAGCUAUCAAAACUAAGAUUAUUACAGAUGGUCUUAGAUAUUCAUUGGCUACUGGUAAUUGGGGUGAUCAAAAGAAAGCUCACCAAGCUAGAGCUGGUGUAUCACAGGUGUUAAACAGGUUGACCUUUGCCUCUACACUGUCACAUUUAAGACGUGUCAACUCUCCCAUCGGGCGAGAUGGCAAAUUAGCUAAACCCCGUCAGUUGCACAAUACCUUGUGGGGAAUGAUCUGUCCUGCAGAAACUCCUGAAGGUGCUGCUGUAGGUUUAGUAAAAAAUCUAGCUUUGAUGGCUUACAUUUCUGUGGGUAGUCAACCUUCGCCAAUUCUUGAGUUCUUGGAAGAAUGGUCUAUGGAAAAUUUAGAAGAAAUUGCACCUUCAGCCAUAGCUGACGCCACAAAAAUAUUUGUGAAUGGGUGUUGGGUUGGCAUCCACAGAGAUCCUGAACAAUUGAUGGCUACUUUGAGAAAAUUAAGACGUCAAAUGGACAUUAUUGUAUCAGAAGUGAGCAUGAUUCGUGACAUAAGAGAUCGGGAAAUCAGAAUUUAUACUGAUGCUGGAAGAAUUUGUCGCCCAUUAUUGAUAGUUGAAAAUGGAGCCUUAUUACUCAAGAAAAAACAUAUUGAUGACCUUAAGGAAAGAGACUUCAACAAUUAUGGAUGGCAAAAUUUGGUAGCAAGUGGUGUAGUUGAAUACAUUGAUACUUUGGAAGAGGAAACGGUAAUGAUAGCUAUGAGCCCUGAUGAUUUAGCACAAGUAAAGGAGUAUGCCUAUUGUACCACAUACACUCAUUGUGAAAUUCAUCCUGCUAUGAUAUUAGGUGUUUGUGCAUCUAUUAUUCCAUUCCCUGAUCACAAUCAGAGCCCUAGGAACACUUAUCAGAGUGCUAUGGGGAAACAAGCUAUGGGUGUAUACAUCACUAACUUCCAUGUGAGAAUGGACACUCUUGCACAUGUUUUAUACUAUCCGCACAAACCAUUGGUUACAACACGUUCAAUGGAGUAUUUGAGGUUUAGAGAAUUACCAGCAGGUAUCAAUUCAAUUGUUGCCAUCCUUUGUUACACAGGAUACAAUCAAGAGGACAGUGUUAUUUUGAAUGCUUCAGCAGUUGAGAGAGGCUUCUUUAGAUCUGUGUUCUACAGAUCAUACAAAGAUUCAGAAUCAAAAAGAAUUGGAGAUCAAGAAGAACAAUUUGAAAAACCGACAAGACAAACAUGUCAAGGAAUGAGAAAUGCCUUGUAUGACAAACUUGAUGAUGAUGGUAUCAUUGCUCCCGGUAUAAGAGUUUCUGGUGAUGAUGUGGUUAUUGGAAAAACCAUUACAUUACCAGAAAAUGAUGAUGAAUUAGAAGGUACCACAAAACGCUAUUCAAAAAGAGAUGCAUCUACAUUCUUGCGUAACAGUGAAACUGGUAUUGUUGAUCAAGUAAUGUUAACAUUAAACAGUGAGGGAUAUAAGUUUUGCAAAAUUCGAGUACGCUCAGUACGUAUUCCCCAAAUUGGAGACAAGUUUGCAUCGCGUCACGGCCAAAAAGGAACUUGUGGAAUUCAAUAUCGCCAAGAGGACAUGCCAUUUACUUGUGAGGGGUUAACCCCUGAUAUUAUUAUUAAUCCACACGCCAUCCCAUCCCGUAUGACUAUUGGUCACUUGAUUGAAUGUAUUCAAGGUAAAGUGUCAUCUAAUAAAGGAGAAAUUGGUGAUGCUACUCCAUUUAAUGAUGCAGUUAAUGUACAAAAAAUUUCUUCCUUGUUGCAAGAGUAUGGUUAUCAUCUUCGUGGAAAUGAGGUUAUGUACAAUGGACAUACAGGCCGAAAAAUCAAUGCUCAAGUAUUCUUGGGUCCUACUUAUUAUCAACGUUUGAAACACAUGGUGGAUGACAAAAUACAUUCUAGAGCUAGAGGACCAGUACAAAUUUUAGUGAGGCAACCUAUGGAAGGUAGGGCUAGAGAUGGUGGACUACGUUUUGGUGAAAUGGAACGUGACUGUCAAAUUGCCCACGGCGCUGCACAAUUUUUGCGCGAACGACUGUUCGAAGUGUCCGACCCAUAUCGGAUACACGUUUGUAAUUUCUGUGGUUUGAUCGCAAUUGCAAAUUUACGGAAUAAUACAUUUGAAUGUAAAGGAUGUAAAAAUAAGACUCAAAUCUCGCAAGUGCGAUUACCGUAUGCCGCCAAGUUACUGUUCCAGGAACUUAUGUCAAUGAAUAUAGCACCAAGAUUGAUGGUUGUAAGUUAA